AUGAAAGCAUCUUCAUCAUCGUCAGCCUGGGCAGUACUCAUUCUUCUGCUGAUUCAAGGAGCAUCCAGAGCCUGCACAGUGAAGAAGCUGGGCAGCAGCACAGGGAGAUUCGCCAAUGCCACGCUAGUGCGACUGUCCGAGUUUCUGAGUGCAGGCUACAAGAAGGGAGUGAGACCGGUGAAGGACUGGAGGACGUCCACCACAGUGUCCAUCGACCUGAUGGUUUACUCCAUCCUGAGUGUGGAUGAAAAGAACCAGGUUUUAACUACAUAUGUGUGGUACAGACAGUCUUGGACUGAUGAAUUUCUGGUGUGGGACCCAGAAGACUUUGAUGAAGUCAAACAAGUCUCUUUACCCACAGCAAAUGUGUGGGUGCCUGACAUCCUCAUCAAUGAGUUUGUAGACGUGGGGAAGUCUCCAGACAUCCCUUAUGUCUAUGUCAGAUAUAAUGGAAUGGUCCGCAACUAUAAGCCCCUUCAGGUGGUCACAGCGUGCACUCUGAACAUCUACAACUUUCCAUUUGACGUCCAGAAAUGCAGCCUGACCUUCCAGAGCUGGCUCCACACCAUUAAUGACAUUAACAUCACUCUAAUGAGGAGUCCGGAGGAGCUCCGAGAAGACAAGAGUGUCUUCAUGAACCAGGGAGAGUGGGAGCUGCUCCACAUACUGUCCAAGUACAAGAGCUUCAGUGUGGACAAUGAUGACUACUACGCUGAGAUGAAGUUCCAUGUGGUGAUCCGGCGACGACCACUGUUCUACACAGUGAACCUGCUGCUGCCCAGUAUCUUCCUCAUGGUGAUGGACAUAGUGGGUUUUUAUCUGCCACCAGACAGUGGAGAGAGGGUGUCCUUCAAGAUCACCCUGCUGCUGGGAUACUCUGUCUUCCUCAUCAUCGUGUCUGACACUCUGCCCGCCACUGCCAUAGGAACCCCACUUAUAGGUGUGUACUUUGUGGUGUGUAUGGCCCUCUUGGUAAUCAGCCUGACUGAAACGGUGCUGAUUGUACGCCUGGUCCAUAAGCAGGACCUGCAGCCUCCAGUGCCUCGCUGGGUCAAACAUCUGAUCCUGGAAAGAGCUCCAGUCCUCUUCUGCAUCCACCAGAAACACCGUCUGUGUUCCACACUGUCCUCCCAGGCCUCCGAUCUGGAGCACUGCAAAGAGAACAACUACGGCUCUGCUCAGUGCACGCUUCACCACACCACUGAGAUCAGAAGGCUCAGCCAUCCUGAAAGAAACGGGGGGCUGUUGGGGCUGGGCCUGCCCCCGUCAAGGGAACCUCCCACACCACCCGUCAUGGACAACAUCCUGCAGGAAGUGACAGCGAUCCGCCACUUCCUGGAGAAGAGGGACCGGUGCCGGGAGGUGGCCAAGGAGUGGCUGCAGGUGGGCUAUGUGCUGGAUGUGCUGCUCUUCAGGGUCUACCUGGUGUCCAUGGUGGCCUACAGCAUCACUCUGGGAACGCUGUGGUCGGUGUGGCAGGUUGCCUGAGUCCAGAUACAGUUCACAGCUGAGGACACAGCAGGGAACUUAAAAAACCAGGGUUAGUGGAUCAGUCCCACUACAGGAAGAAACUGACAUAGUAAUGAGACAAGUAG